AAAACUUUUAUACAUUGAAAUUUUCUAGAGCACCUUUUGUACGAUCAUUUAAGGAAAAAUCUUCUGUAAAUCAGAACGGGUAGGGUUUUCCUCCUGUCUCUGCUAUCGAUCUCGAUUCCCGCCGACUUUCGUUUGAGAUGUGUGAUGAAACGGCAAGCUUAGGCAGCUGUACUCUGCCGGGAGAUGCAAUGGUGGAAAUCCUGUUGCGGCUUCCCGUCAAGUCAUUGCUGCGAUUUCGAGCGGUUUCCAAAUCAUGGUAUGGUUUCCUAAAUAGCCCUGAUUUUAUUCAAAUGCAUCUCCGUCACAGUCAACAACCCCUCCAUGAAAAGCUCCUCAGAGUGAGCAAUCGUGGUCCUAGAGACACCCCUACUAUUUCCUUCUUCUCCGUUGAUCCUACUGUUACUGUUAAUGCUGAUGAUAUUGACGACGGAGUUGAUGGGUAUAAAAAUAAUAAUGAUCUGUAUUCGUCUUCUGUUGUUGAUUUGCCGUUUCCGUCUAGUCCAGAUGAUGAGGUUCGGAUUGUGGGUUCUUGCAAUGGCUUGUUGUGUGUUCAUUUCAAUAGGACUUCCAACAUUAUCUUGUGGAACCCUGCUACCAGAAAGUAUAGAUUCCUUGGACCCCCCGAUAAUUCUGUAUCCUUUUAUUGCGAUCCUUUCUUCCCUUAUAUAAUGCUUGGUUUUGUCCCCGAGAUUAACGAUUAUAAGGUUGUCAAGGUUCCAUCAUCCAGUAGAAAACACGUUGAUGCUAAGGUUUGGGUUUACACCCUGAGUUCGGAUUCUUGGGAAGAGAUGGGAGCUGUUUAUCUGCUGCCCAAGGGUGGGUCUGCAGUUAAUCUUAACGGGUGCUUGUAUUGGAUGUCAUAUAAUUGUGAUAAUGGACGGGAUAUUGUUACUUCGUUUGAUUUGUAUAAACAAGUCUUUGGACAAAUUAUGGUCCCCAAUUCAGAUUCUAUUACUGACUUCACUAUCAAGAAGCUUGUGGUACUAAAGGGUUGUCUUUCUAUGAUAAUCUAUUCUGAGAAUGGUUUAAUUGUUGACCAUUACGAGGUAUGGAUGAUGAAUGAACAACAAGGUGUAUCUUGGACUAAGAGAGUUGAUUUUUCACCUUUCUCUAAGCUAGCACGACCUGUUGGAUCAUGGAGGGACAGCGAAAUUGUUUUUGGCUACCCAAAUGGGUUGUCACAUGAACUGUUAUCAUACAAUCCUUUUACUAAAAGAGCUCAGAGCUUUCAAAGGAGAAGUUCAGUGGGUGGGUUUAAAGUCAUAAAUUAUGUCGAAAGCCUAGAAUCUGUGGAGGGUAGUUAAGUGGACUCUAGAGAUUUGAAGUCUGAUAUUGCAGUUUCAUUUGGCAUGGUAUAAAGUAAUGAUUAAUUACCCUUGCUUAUCUAGCAGCUCACCAUAAGUUUUAGCAUGCUUGACACCUUUAGAUGUUGGUUUGGUCAAGGGAUGUCCAUUGAAGCUUUUUCUCAAAGGUGACACUUAUAAAGGUAGAUACUGGGUGAAUUGUUGGGUGAAUUGUGAAACUGGAGAAUGUAGAGUUUAACUAAAUCCCGGAUAAACACAAAAAAUUUAGAAGCUCUAGUGGAUCAGUAAACAGAACAAUUUUUAAGUCUCUUAAUGUUUCCUACAUAUAAUUUUAACACUAUUUCCUUAGUAUUUUUCACAUUGUUUCCUGUGGUUUGACUUUCCGACUAUGUCGCGCACUCUUCAUUUUAGGCGGCACACCCGUGUUGGCAAAACACUAGUACAGGUAAGGAUGUAAGGAUGUGGGAUUUGUACAGGGUAUGGUCAAUCGAGAUUGGCUACUUUGACCACAAUCCAUCGAGAAAUUUGAGAAAAAACUGAAUUUUGAUUUCUCGAGAUAAAAGCUAGUACAGAUUUGAAGCCAUGGGAAAUGGCAUACCUUCAAUAUUCUACUGCUGCGAGGUAGCAAAUUCUACUCUUGUCUCCUUUUCAACUUCUCCGCUUGAAUAUAUUUUUAUAUAUCUAUUUUUAGAAUUUUGAAUUAUUUUUCGCCGAAAUCCCGGCACCUGUAUCUGUACCUGGAUCCCUUAUUCCCGAAUCUUAUAAUUUAGAUUAUAAAGGAUCCGAACUCUGGAUCUGCACCUGGAUCAGAUACCCGCACCCGAGUCCGAGCAACAUAGCUUUCCGAAAGCAAAUUAGCCAUCUCCAUAGCAAGAUUUGACAUAGAAGGGAGAACUCAUAGAACGCCAUAUGGACAGAUAGUUCAUAGAAUGAGAGUAAGAGGGAUGAUAAUUUUGAGUAUAAUUCGUCUUGUAUUUCUUAAAAAAGCUACAAUAUUGUGUAUGUACAAUAUGACAACAACAACAACAAUAACAACCCAGUGUAAUCCCACAAGUGGGGCAUGUACAAUAUGAGGUAAACUAUAUUUUUUUAGCAGGAGAGAAUAUUUAAGAGAAAGCUUCUUGAUCUAAUCAUGCACCUAAAUGUCCCUCCCAGUCUAUUUUUGAAGCUGUCAAGUUGAGCCUCAAAAGCUUCCAGCCUUGUUUAUGUUUGUGCUUUCUUCUUGGCCUUCACUUGCUAUUUUUCUUUUAGACACCAAUCUUGAAACCAAUCACCCUUUAGAUGGCUUGGGCUUCAAAAGUGGCAAACACAAGAACUGCAAAAGCAUUUGAAAAAUUAAACUGCACACUGCAUUGGCUUCCAUUAUGGCUCUGAUCCCGGCUAUGGUGUCCUGAUUUUCAUCCAGAACAACUGAUAUUACAAUUUCCUGAUUCUUUUACUUCAGAGCAGAGACUAAUGUUUUGACAUGCUUCUUCAUCUUCUUGCUGAAAGAAGUGAAUCUGCAAUGCCGGAUUCUGUACUCAAAUCUCCUUUUCUCAUUCUGAGAAAGGAUUGUAGAUCUCUUAUGUUUACUUUACACUGGGAGACAAGUUCCUUUGUGGUGCCACAAACAUCUAGUAGCCUCACUGACUUGUCCAGUAAAUCUUCGACCAAUUUCUCAUGUUUAAAGUGAGAGAGAGCUUGAAAGGUUAGAGGCAAGUUGAGAUCAUCUAUGUGCUUGUAUAAUUCCUCCAAACCAAGUAGGCUAUUGCAAAUUGUCUCAGCAGUUGGUGCAACUGCUGUUUCCAAUGUUUUGAGCUUGUUGAGCUCCUCUUCCACUCUUA